AUGGCGGACAUUGAACUAGACGAAACAAACCGCGUCGACGACCGCGAAGCCGAAGAAGCUGGAACGGCGGAGGAGGAAACAGGUUUCAUUUACGACGACGGAAGACGGGACGAAAGUAUAUUAAUUCCCGUCGGAUUCAAUCCGGACGUCGAUGGAUCAAGACCCAGCGGUUCCACGCCAAACAUCAGGUGGGAUGUUGGAGCAAUGAAACGGGCCUAUACGUCGGAUAAAAAGGAUUUCUUCAAAAAGGAACGUGGAGUAAAUAUCAAUAAGGGAGGCGGUCCAUCUUCCACCAUCAUCUUUGACAAAAUGAAGCUAACCGUAAAUAAGGCCGGAACAAAAAUUAACGGUGCUACAUUCAAAGAUGUCAAGAUGAUUAUCUCGAAAAAUGGUAAAAUGAUAUACUCCACGGACAAGAACAAGGAAUCCGUCGCAAACGAACAGAAAGAACUGAUUAGGAAAGCUAAAAUAGAGCAUUCAAAAACACCUGCAGCCUCAGUGGAGGAACAACUCGAACGACAAAACCUAGAUGCUUCUCAGGAACUUGUGCAUAACGUACUGGAAAAUAUCGUUGAAAGAAUGGAUGACGAACUGUCCAAUCAAAGCGAAGCUAUCGGUAAUAGUACAGUUAUAACGGAGAAUGAACUGAGGGAACUGAGAGGUAUCCUGAACGUGAAAGGAAGCUCAGGUAAGGAAAAAAUUGACCAUCUUGAAAUAGAAAAAAAUCAUUGGAAAGAACUGGUUGAAACCGAACGAACUGCAGGACGUGAACAGAAGGCUCUCCAGUACGAAGCAAUGGCAGACACGGCAGAUUUGAAAGCGGAUGAAAUAAGAUUAAGAUCAAACGAACGACCAAAAGGACCGAAAGCCUUGUCCAUCGUAGAAGAGGAGGUAGAAAUAAACGAUCUCACAAGGUUCGAAAGAUUUAAGAAAUGGGCAAAAGAGAACAUAUUUGGAAUAUCAGCCGUAGCGAUAUCUGUAGCAGGUAUCAUCACCACGAUUAUUAUGGGGGAUAGAAGCGUGGCAAAAAAGGGAGCGAGAGCAACGAGCAAAUUCGCAAAAGCAAUGGCAAACCUGGCCGGAAAGGUUGGACCCAUACUAGCAUCCGUACUAAACCUCGUUGCCAAAGUUCUGUCAUGGGGAGCAAAGGGAUUGCGUUCCUGGCGAAGAGUCUUUGGAUUUUAG